GGGGCGCAGCGCUCCCGCUGAGGGGCCAUGGCGGGGCCGCGGGCGGCGGCCGCGGAAGCGCUGGUGCAGGAGCUGCUGAGGGAAGAGGCGCCGUCCCGCAUUGCUGCCCUCGCGGAGGAGCUGUUCCAGGCGGCGGAGAGCAUCUCUGAAGGGGAUGGGAAGGUGGCGGAGGGAGAGUCCCCCGCUCCCAGCCCGUCUGAAGAAACGGGGCGUGCAUGUGCUUCGCACCCCACAGCCCUGGCCCAGGUUGAAGAGAGUGCAGUCAGCUUGUGGAACUGGACUGUGACCAAACACACAGCUGCUGUUAUCAGUGAUGAGCAAAGAGCCAAACUGCGGUUUGUUGCCUGCAGACUGAUUUGCCUUUGUGAAGGCAGUGAUCCUCCGGAGGGAACUAUUAGAAGACAGAUUUUGAUGUCUAUGAAAACUGGGAAAGGAUGGAUAGAUAUUGGAAAAGCUGGUCUUGCAGAUGGAUUUCUAGAAAAUGCCAUGAGUAGUAUAGAAAAGCUGUAUGCGAAGUUACGGAAAGGGAGUGAUGGUGAAGCAGAUAUUCAAGUGCAAGCUGAUGUGGAGAAAAACAUUUUCAAAGUACUCUCUUACCAAGCUGAAUCAGCAGUUGCUCAAGGGGACUUUCAGAGAGCGGUGAUGUGCGUGCAGCGCUGCAAAGAUAUGUUGAUGAAAUUGCCAAAAGAAACCUGUUACCUGUCAAUCCUCUGUUACAAUUUUGGAGUGGAAACCUAUGAAUGGAAGAAGUAUGAACAGAGCUCCUUCUGGCUCAGCCAGAGUUAUGACAUUGGGAAGAUGGACAUGAAAUAUUCUGUUGGCAAAGAAAUGCAGGCUAAAGUGCUGCGACUGUUAGCCACGACCUACUUUGAGUGGGAUUGCAGUCUGUACCUGGACAAGGCUUUGAAAGCCAUAAGCUUGGCAAACCAGGAGAAUUUGCAUCCAGCAGGGUUUUUUUUGAAAGUUAAAAUUCUUCUUAAAAGUGGAGCAUCAGAUGAAGAUAUCAGCUCAGCUGUUGCAGAAUUCACACACCUUGAGAUGUCUUUAGACUUCUGUUUGAAUACAGCCAAACUGCUGCUGGAGCAUGGAAGGGAAUCACUUGGGUUUGAUUUUCUGAAAUCUGUUCCUGAGCGAUUUGAAUCUUCACCUGACCUUGGAAAAAUUACCCUGUUCCACAUCGAGUUCCUGUUGCAGAAUAAGAGGGAGCUGCUCGCGAAGCAAAAGAUUGAAGAAGUUAUUGUAGGUCAUUAUACUGGGAAACAGCUGUUGCCUGAAGCCUUGAAUCAGCUGCACAUCAUCUUGUGGGACAGAGCUGCCAAACAUUAUGAGGAGAAAAGCUAUUCUGAAGCCCUUCACUGGUACAAUUAUUCUGUCAGCUUCUAUACACCUGGGCAAAUAGAUCAGAACUUGGCUAAGCUGCAGAGGAACAUGGCUUCUUGCUAUCUUCAUCUGAAACAAGUUGACAAGGCUAAAGAGGCAGUUAAACAAGCAGAAAGGUGUGAUCCAAACAGCAUCUUUACUAAAUUCAGUGUCUAUAAGAUUGCAAUGUUGGAGAACAAUACUGAAAAAGCUAUGGAGGCAGUUAUAGAAAUGGGGAAGCUAGCAGAAAAGCUGUCACAACAUGAAGACAAGCUGAGAGUGGAUAAAAAUACAGGCAGCAACCUCUUGAGUUUAGCUGCCCAAAUUGCUUUAGAGAAUGACCAACAAAUUGUGGCUAUCAAAGCUUUGGAGUAUUUGUCUGAACAUUUACAAGACUGCCAACAAUUAUUUGCAUCCUUAAAAUGUUUGGUCCGUCUGAUCUUAUCAAAAGUCAUGGCAGAAAAUGCAGAGAAAAGAGAUGGAGAUAUCAACUCAAUACUGACUUACUUGAACUUGGCUCACAAGAAACUUGCUGAGUCUUUCACAGAAGAAAAAUUUACAGGGGACAUGAGGAUCCUUGAAGCUCACUGGUUUAGAAAAGUUGCUUGGAACUUAGCUGUGCAGUUCAAGGACAGCCCUGAAAAGAUGAGGGAUUUUUUUGUGCUGUCUUUCAAGUUGUCCCAGUUUUGUCCCUCUGACAAAGCUGUUCUAAUUGCUCAGAAGACAUGCCUGUUAAUGGCAGCUGCAGUUGAUCUGGAAAUGGGGAGACAACAAGUAACACCUUCAGAACAGACGGAGCUUUUUAGUCAGGCCCUUCAACAUCUUCAGACAUGCAAGGAGAUAUGGAAGGUGCUGAAAUUAACAGGAGAUUUUGCUAAAGACCCAACAGACACAUUGUUGCUGCUUUAUGAAUUUGAAGCAAGAUCCAAACUUAAUGAUCCAACACUUCACAAUCUUAUGGAGUCAGUUUGGGAGCAACCACAAAUAGAGAUCAAGACACUUGAAAUCAUUGCAUCACUGGCAAUGGAAUCUCCAGCUCGGUAUCCUGUACUGUGUAAGAAAGCUCUCAAGAGUGCACUGAACCUCCACAGAAAGCAGGCUGUCAUUGAUGCUGUGAAAUUUAGCAAAUGCUUACACAGUUUGAUUAACAUUUCUUUGCCAACUGGACUGACAGACUUGGAUACCUGUGUGCUGCAGGAGGUGUGGCACUACUUUGAAGAUGCUCUGAGUGUAGUCAGCAGCACAGAUGCUUACCCAGAGAUGGAGAUCCUUUGGCUGAUGACAAGAGCCUGGAAUACAGGAAUAUUUCAGUAUACUGUUGGUAAAUACAAGGAAGCUGAGCAGUGGUGUGGAUUGGGAAUGCAUUUUCUUAAUCACUUAGGAUCUCUGAAGAAGAGCUAUGAAGGCCAUAUGGUUGGCCUUUAUAGUGAGGUUCUGGACAAGCUGGACAGAGCAAAAGGAUUUAUUCCAAGUGAAGAAUAAUGACAGCCACAACUACAAAGCAGUCUCUCUGGGAAACUUUCUGCUGAAUGAGAGGCCAUUAGCUCUGUGAAGGCACAGGGCCAUGGGAGCAGUGGGAAAGAGGCUAGGAUCUCCUUCUUGUUGGCAAAGAAGUUGUGUACUU